UCUCGACUACAACUGAAAAAAAAUAAAACAAAAAGAAAAAGGAAAACGGAAAGAAAGGUGGCACUCCUUACGGCAAUGCCUGGCAAUUGGGUUGAAUGUCCCUUUAAUAGGUUUCACCGAACUUUGCCGACACGGCUAGUACUUCAUUUGAAUCGGUGUGCUCGCAAUUAUUCGGGACUCAAGAUGGUGCGAUGUCCUUUUGAUAUUACACAUGUCGUGAGAAUCGCGGAAAUGGAGGCCCAUGUUCCUAUGUGUCCAAGCCGGAAAAUGGAAGAAUUGGGGGUCGAUCAACUGCCACGCGCACCAGAUCCUUCGAAAAAGGAAACAUCUGACACCCCGUGGGAUGACGAGCCUGAUGUUCCUACCUAUAAUCCAGCACUAUUGCGCCGCAAACCCUGUGGUACGUACCCUUUAUGGUGCUACUGCUUCGGAACGUCGUCAAUUCCGGGAACAAGAACGUGAGGCUUCUGAAUCAGCACGAUCGCUUGAAAAUACGAAUUCUCAUGCAGCGGCCACCAAUGAGGAUUAAGAGAUAGAUGAAAAGUAGGCAAACAACCUGGGAAGCUUAUAAUGAUUGACAUCUCCUUCGCGCUUUAUGACCACCAUUAA